AUGUGCGCCCCCGUCUCCGCGCCGCUGCUUCGAGACCCGCCACUAUGGAGAGACGAGGCGGGGCGAGCGGGGCGAACCAGCGAUGACGCGGGGUUUCGGUUUUUCCUCUUUUCCCUUGUCCAAAUCUCGUUUUUCUUCUUUCGCAGCGUGGGAGGUUUCCUCCCAGCGUUUUCUCCGUUUUCCUUCGCCUGUUCGCGUUUCUGUGUCGCUGCUCUGUCUCCCUUGUCUUUUCAGCUGCGGGCCUCUCGCCGCCAGCUUCUUUUCAACGCGCGUCUGACACUUUCCAUUGUCGUUCCUUUCUGCGAGGGGACGAGCGCUUUUCUUUUCCCUUUCUUUUCUCUUUCUUUUCUCUUUCUCCACUUGUUUCUCUUUCCCCCUUUUUUCUCCCCGCGUGAAAAAACCUUUCUCUCCGUUCCACCGAGCAUUUCCCUAGCGUCCACUCGACAGCGCGUUCAGUCGCGACUUUCUCUCAGGAAGUUUUCUCGACUGGAAAAGCGUCGAGCUUCGCCUUUUCAGUGCCUCCUUUGA